AUGGCGUCUCCCAGCCAACUCCAGACUUUCCCUUCUAAGCCGCGUGUGUUCAUUUUGAGUGACAUCUCCAAUGAGCCUGAUGAUGCGGAGUCAUUGGUUCGCUACCUUCUUUAUUCCAAUCAGUUUCGGACGGAAGGACUGGUCGCUUGUACGUCAACAUGGAUGAAGAAUAAGGUCUGUCCGCAGGAUAUGCAUAAGAUCGUGGAUGGGUAUGAGAAAGUAGUCGACAACCUCAACGCCCACGUAAACCCGAAUGACCCAUAUCCAACAGCGCAGUACCUGAGAUCCAUCAUUAAGAAAGGUGCAGAGACAUACGGCAUGAAAGCAGUUGGAAACAACAUCCCCCUCAGCGACGGCGGCGAACUCCUCCUCCAAUGCAUCCUGAAACCAACAGAGGAACCCCUUUGGAUCCUCUGCUGGGGCGGAACAAACGUCCUCGCCUCGGUCCUCCUCAAAAUCCAAAACACAAAUUCACCCGCAGACGCCCUGAAAUUGCGUUCCAAAUUGCGCAUUUACGCCAUUUCCGACCAAGAUGACACCGGCACCUGGAUCAGACACAAUUAUCCAGACCUUUUCUAUAUCUGCUCCGUGCACGGCUGGAAUCAAUACGGCAUGGCAGCCUGGUGCGGGAUAUCUGGCGACAAAUGGUACGGCUUUGACAAAGGCGGACCAGAUCCAAGCAAGAUCAGCAGGGAGUGGAUCAAGGAGAAUAUUCAGAUUGGACCGUUCGGUACAACGUACCCGGAAUACAUGUUUAUCCCGGAAGGCGAUACCCCGACUUUCUUGUAUCUGAUCCAGAAUGGAUUGGGUGUGCCCGAGCGACCGGAAUAUGGAUCUUGGGGAGGACGGUAUAUUGCCACUGAUGUUAGUGGUGAGGGUGUGGCUAAUGGCCAUUUCAGCGAUACUACUGAUGAAGUUAUUGGACUUGAUGGACAUAAACAUAAAUCUAACCAGGCGACGAUUUGGCGGUGGCGGGAUGCCUUUCAGACUGAUUUCGCGGCGCGAAUGCAGUGGUCGCUUUCGGCUGAUCGUGGCAUGGCUAAUCAUCAUCCUGUUGUUGUUUUGAAUGGUAGCAAGGGGUCGGAACCGCUGUAUUUUGAGUUGGAGGCUGGGUCGAUGCUUCGGUUGGAUGCGUCUGCGUCGUACGAUCCUGAUCCGAAUGAUCAGAUCACUUUCAACUGGUAUCAGUAUCGUGAUCCGAGUGCGACGCAGUGGUCUGUUCAUAUUGAGGUUAGUCUCUUGGAGAUCAAGCCGGUCAAUGAGGCUGGGAGCAUUGUGGAUGUUACGAUUCCGCCGCCGGAUAAGUGCUGUGUUGAGCUUAUUAGUCGAGUUGCUGUGCCAAAGGGACAGGUGCUACAUCUGGUUCUUGAAAUGAAGGAUAAUGGGUCUCCUGCUCUUAUUAGCUAUCGCCGUGUUAUCAUUCAAACUACGAAUGAGAAGUUACUAGGUGGUGGCGGUGGUGCGGACGCGAUUGGAGACAUGAUGCGGGAUUUGAUUGCGAACACUUAA